UUAUAAACACCUUCACUGUAAAUUCUAAUAGCUUUACUGACUCACAUAUACUUAGUUAACUUUACUCAGUAAUAUAAAAUACAUACUUCUUACUAGGUUUUGUUGAGUUACAGUCAAUUGCAGGUUGAAAAUAACAGUUUACUUAAUUGCUUGAGUGACGCUUACUUGAAACAAGCAAGUAGCAACAAAGGAUGCAAUGACGUUAUUACACCACUGAGAGGCAGCAGUGCAUUAAAGCGUGCCUAAUGUGCAGAAAAAACGAAGAAGAAGAAGCGGCACUUGCAAGAGCAUGCGCGAUUGAAUCUGUAGUUAUCUCGGCGCCAAUUUUGCAGAUGUGGAAAGACGUUGACUGGCUGCCUACGUUUUUAUCCGGAGCUUCGUUACGUUUUUGCAAGAAGUAGAAGAAUAAUAAGGUAAGUAAUCAAGCAUGCAACAUUUGAAUUAAUAUAUUUUUUUUUUUACUGUCUGUUGCUAGUUUUAAUGUGUAAUGCUAAUUAAUGUGUACCAAAUAAUUUUGAUAUUAUCAGAUCUUGAAGAAUAUGGUUUGACCUCUUUUUUUGCAUAUAAAACUAUCAGGUACCACAACGGUUCCUGGAUUGACUAAAAAAUAGUUUUAAUUGUCCCAAAUACAAUAUGAAUUAUGGUUUUCUAUUCUACCAUUUUCCCUGAUGCAUUCUCCUCUGUUGGCUUUGGUUUAUAAAUGACGAACGUUACAAAUCUGUUGAAACGGCGACAUUUACAGUUAUAUGUAACCUGCAGUUUAUGCAGAGAUGACUUUUGUGAUUAUUUUUGACAUGUUUUGUGAUUUCACAGUAACAUUAUACUAUUAUUUUUAAAUUCAGUAAAUUAAGAAUAUAAUACAAACACUGUAAAUUGUUUUUUACUCAAACUCAACUGCUUUAUAUCACUGCUGAUAUAAUGAGCAAUCUACUAACAUAAGAAACUUAGUAAUGUUAAGUGAUGUUAAACUAAGCAAUCUUAAUAUCACAUGAACCUUUUCUUUUCCAAUUUUUGUUUUCGUACUGGCACACCAUUACUGAAAGUAAUCAGAGGAAACACUGUUUUAAAAUUGUCUGUACUGAAGUCACAAAUACAUAUUUAUAGAACUUCGUAUUUAAAGGUAUAUUUUCUGUAAUGCUUGUAGAACAUGCACAUAUCAAGGAAUGUGUCUUUAAUUUUACAAAGCAGAACCUCCUGUUAAUUAAAUUUUGUUGUCUUUUUUUAGAAAAGUCGUCCUUCUGGCAGCUGCCUCCUGAUUGGUCUUCAACGCACAGGUCUUGAUACACUGAUGCAGUGGAACUGUAAGCACUGUAUUUUUUCUGCAAACAAAAGAGGACUUUUGUUAAAACAUUAUCGUUUAAAACAUGGAGGCUUCACUCGGCAGCAGCCAAUACCAUGUCUUCAUAUGGAUUGCUUGUGCUCUUUCAAGUCUUUUAACGCACUCAAAGUGCACUUAUCUGUUUGGCACUCUCAAUCAGACAGACAAACAAGUGAACCCAAAUUUGCGUUUCACUGCCAGUUAUGCGAGUAUGUGCAGCCCUGCACUGAAGCUGAGUUUUUCACACAUUUACGCAGCCAUUUAAAACUUAAACAAAGCGUUUCAUGCCCAUAUGAAGGCUGUCAGUUUGAGAGCAAUGUAUAUUCAACGUUUAAUGCUCACAAAAGCCGAGUACACAGUGGGAGUACUACAACACAAUUUAAAGGUCCAAUACUUUCAAACAUUGAACAAUCAGAUCAACUGACUGAAGUGGACGAAGAGGUGCCUUUACAGGAUGACGAUUGUGAAGAGUCUGUAGAUGACAUGCAGGACUUAGAAAUUCAGUUGGAACGUAACCUGGCUUCAUUAUUUUUGAAAAUGCAAGCAAUCCUGCACAUAUCUGAAAGCGCCGCACAAGAAGUAAUCCAGCAGAUUAAUCAGAUUCAAAUGCUUUCACAGCCCUUACUACAAAAUGCUGUCCAGAAAAUUAUCAGUCAGCACUGUAGUGAUGUGGAUAAUUCCAUAGUAAGUGACAUUGUAAGUGUAGUGUCACAAAGUAAUGUCCUGCUGAAAUUUACCAGUGCAGAAGGAUCCCUGUCAACAGCCAGCAGAAAAGAAUCUUAUAUGCUGCGAGAAUUUCCAGUUGUUAUGCCAGUUGAGUUUGCUCUUGAUAAAGAUCACUCAUUUGUGUAUGUCCCCAUACUGAAAAUGUUGAAGACAUUGCUUAACAAUAAGGACAUUUUGGAUAAGGUGCUGCACGCAGAGGGGUUUUCACAUGAAGGAUACCACUCGUUCAGAGAUGGCUCUCAUUUCAAAGAAAAUAUUCUUUUAAAUGUAGAAGAAUGUAGGAUUUCCCUUGGUCUAUACAUUGAUGAUUUUGAAGUUGCUAAUCCAAUUGGAACCUCCAAGAAAAAACACAAACUAUGUGCCGUGUAUUGGGUACUUGCUAAUCUUGAUUCCAAGUAUCGGUCGGCUCUUCACUCAAUCCAACUUGCACUUUUGUGCAAGGUUAACACUGUAAAAGAGCAUGGCUAUCAUGAAGUUCUUCGUCCUCUCAUUCAGGACAUUGCAACUCUUGAGGAAAGUGGUGUGUAUGUUGAACGAUUAGCAGAAAGUGUUAAAGGCACUGUACUGUAUGUGGCAGCGGACAACUUGGGGGCUCACUCUUUGGCAGGAUUCCAGGAGAGUUUUGCAGCGGAUUACUUUUGUCGGUUUUGUAUGUGUAAACAAGAUGGCAUUCAGGAUAAGGAGGUCAGAUCUGGUCUACUUCAGCCAAGGACAAGAGAGAACCAUGAAAAACAUGUGCACGAGGUUUCCCGUGACCAUACUAUGGCAAAACAUCAUGGCGUAAAAAGAGGAUGUCCACUAUCUGAAAAACUGACACACUUUCACGUGGUGGAUGGUUUCCCACCUGACAUUCUCCAUGAUUUUUUGGAGGGUUUAGUACCAGCAGAAUUGUCACUGUGCCUUAAGGAUUUGAUUGCCAAAAAAUAUAUUUCUUUGGAGUCUUUGAACAAGGCUAUUAGGCAGUUCCCUUACACAUUUUCUGAUAAAGCUGACAAACCACAGAUCAUUCCAAAAACUUCCUUCUCUAGGGGAACUAGUGGGGGAAAUGGUCAUGAAAAUUGGUCUCUGUUGAGGCUGCUUCCAUUGAUGAUAGGCUACAACGUGCCUGAAGGAGACCAAUCAUGGGAGAUACUGAUGCUUCUUAAAGAUACACUGGAGUUGGUAAUGUCAGCACACUUUACGGAAGAGUUAAUACACGUCUUGGACAGCAAAAUCUCAGAACAUCGUGAGUUACUGCAGAAAACUUUUCCAAACUACAGACUUCGUCCCAAACAUCAUUUUAUUGAACACUAUCCUCAAAUGAUACAAAUCUUUGGCCCUCUAGUAGAUGUGUGGACAAUGAGGUUUGAAGGGAAGCACAAAUUUUUCAAGAAAGUUGUGCGUGACACAUGCAAUUUCAAGAAUGUAGCACAUACCUUAGCUGUAAGACACCAGAAAAUGAUGGCCUUCCAUUUGGAUUCCUCAACAUUCUUCAAGCCUCCUUUGGAAAUUUAUAAAGUGAGAUCAGUUAUGGUCACAUCCUUCCCUGAGAAUGUUCAGAGUUCACUACAUCAGCAAAAUGGCAAGCAAUCUUCAGUGCUGGUUGCAUCCUCUGCAUGUGUUCAUGGUGUGAAAUACUGUGCAGAUAUGAUCGUCUCCGUUGGAAGUUGCUCAGGUCUUCCAGAGUUUAGACAAAUAACACACAUUGUUGUUAUCAACACAGAAAUCCUGUUGGUCUGCAGGAUUUUGAGCUCCUGGUACAUUGAACAUUUGCGUUCUUAUGAAUUGUGUUUUGGUGGGGCACGGUGUCUUACAGUGACCCAUCUGUCUGAGCUUAAUGAUGUUUUCCCCUUAUCUGCCUACCGAGUAAAAGGCAAUGUGUAUGUGACACUGAAGCGUUACAUUCUGUGCUGAAUGACAAUACAUCAAAUUGCCACUAAAGAGAAUUUCUUUUUUUCUUCUUUUUUUUUUUUUAGGACCAUGGAAAGCUAUAAAGUAAGACUCAUCCUAACUGACCAGGACAUAAGGAAGUUGUCAAUGGAUGCAAAACCCAAAACUGUUGAAGAGCUGAAGAUAAAAAUCAAAGAAAAAUGCGAUCUGCAGUAUGACUUCAAUGUGAUGUAUGAAGAUUCAGACUUUGACAAUGCCUUCUGCAACCUUGAAGACAUAGGUGACCUACCAGCUUCAAGAGCUACAGUGAAGGUAAUCCCAUUGUUGGUUACCGCCUCAACCACCAGCAUGUCUGAUGACUCCUAUAAUUCCGAUGAUACAGUGAUUCUGCCCACAGACAGCUCAUCUACAAGACACAAUCCAUGGCCAGAGAUUUUUGACAUUCCAAAUUUUUCUGUCGAUGUGGAAUUCAGACUCAGACAGGCUAAUCUUCAAUAUCUACGAGACCAGACGUACCUGAAUGUAACAAGAGACAUGAAGCAUAGUAUUUUAGAAAAGCUUGCUGAAACUAUUUACAAGUUUGAUGCCUAUCCAAAUGAAGAGCGUAUUAAUUCUGUGGCACUAGCGCUCAUUAGCAAACAUCCCUGCCUUAAGGAGCAAGGUUCGCCGGAUGGGUGUUCUAGCUGGAAGCACAGCUUGAAAUUCAAAAUGGGAAACUAUCGCACUAAACUAAGAAAAGCAGGAUGUGUAGAGGUUGGUGUAAACGGGGGCAAAACAGGUGGCCCGGGAAUGGCAGCAAAAGGACUGAAAAGGCCAAAAAGGUCUGAGGUAAAUUACUUACCAGAACACCCUGAGGGGCAGAAUGGAGAUAGCCUAGAGGCUGUGAGACAGCUUCUGGUUGAAGAAAUGAGGAAAGUGAACCCUAGUGGAACUUUCAUUGCAUCAAAGAUGGACCUGACCUUCUCAAUGCGAAGACAUGAGAUUGUGGAUGCUGAAACUCCAGUGAAAACAUUGAUGGAGCGGUGGCCAGCACUUUUUACCGAGAGACAAGUGUUUGCAGAGUUUCACAGGAUAGUCACCACAGAUCUGCAGAGUAACUUUUAUGGUGCUGUGGAUCGCUACACACCACGCUUUGUCACAAUCUUCAAGUCCAAGAAAGGGACCGUUGGAGAGAAAUUGGAUGAGCUAAUGCAGCAAAUGAAUACAGGCAAAGAAGCAGAUGUGACAGCAAUGCGCACUCUUGUGCUCCGGGGCUUACCUAUCCUGCUUGGUGAUGAUGCCAGUAACUUCUACAACACCUGCAAUGCAUGUGAUGUUGAUGGCUGGCCACAAGUGUCCGUUGGGGUGCUGACUGUUAUUGAUGAAGAAGAACCUCUCAUUCCAAAUAAACUGUACCUUGACCCAGUGUCUACUGCAAUCAUUGUGGAGGGAGGUAUAGUACUGGAUAAUCUGCAGAAUCUGCCUCAGGCAAUUUGCGUUUUGUUUGGUCUGACUUAUGCUUUAAAUUUGAAUUACCCAAAAGGCAUGAUAAACACUUUCAACUUCAUUCAGAAAGUGAUGAUUGGUUUGGGACAGAACAAACUGCCACCAAAACUACAAUCUCUGAAAAAUCUCCUGUUGAGCUGAGAUGUAAUCAAAUGUGCAAGAGUGAUAUUUGACAUUUGAUGACAGUGGAAUUAGAUUAGUCGAUAGAAAAAAAGGGAAACUAAGGCACUUGUUUAAAAUUGUCAGCCCAUUGGUUCUUGAGCAAGUUAAGAGGCUGCCAGUGUAUUAUUUUCUAAUGGACAUGUGUUCCAGAGACAUUGCUUUUGGCACUUGUCAA